UAACUUCAAAUCUCUCCAUGAUUUGUAUCUGAGAGGUUGCAGUAGGCUAGAGGAAUUUCCUAAAAUUAUUGGAAAGAUGGAUUCGUUAAAAGAGUUGAACCUAUCAUGCACUGGUGUCAAAGAAUUGCAUCUGUCAAUAGGAAAUCUCAUUGGACUUAAUGAGUUGGAUCUAGCAGAUUGUAAAAAUCUUACAACAAUACCAUGCAGCAUAUAUGAGUUACAAAAUCUAGAGAUCCUAAAUGUGAGUAGAUGCUCAAAUCUUGUUGUAUUUCCAACAAAAGCAAGUAUUUCACAUGGUCAUGACAGUAGCUCACUAGCGCUUCCCAAGCUCCGUGUAUUCAGAAUCAACAGAUGUAAUUUAUCAGCUGUAGAUUUCAUUGAGAGUCUUGAUUGCUUGGAAACAUUGACCGAACUUGAUCUCUCAAGUAACAAUUUUGUUACUGUUCCUGCACUUAGCAAAUUUGUCAAAUUGCCAGUGAUUGACUUGUAUUGUUGCAAGAGACUUCGAGAGAUUCCAGAUCUUCCACCAAAUAUACUCGAGGUAAAUGCGAAGGAUUGCGAAUCACUGGAGAGAUUUUUGAUAUUGCCCAAGUCUUUGAAUAUGAUAGAGAUGAACUUGUGGAAUUGCCAUAAAUUUAGUCACAGCCUGGGCGAUGACAUGAUGGAAAAUAUUUUGCUGAAUAAUCAGAAGUCCCGGUUUAGGCUUUUAUUACCGGAUAGUGAGGUUCCGAAGUGGUUCCAUUGUUCGAAGGAGGUUGCUGCUAAUGAAAAAGGCCAGUACAGGACAUGUGCAAUUUCUUUUGAAAUCCCAAGCAAAUUGAAUUGGGAGAACAUAGGACUGGCUCUUUGUUCUGUUCUGGAAAGACGUAGUUUUAUGACUCGCGAUGGAGCUGAUAUUUCCAUCAAUGGGGUAUUCAUACAUCGGGGUUCCAAGUUGCCCAGUUGGCUCCGUUCCAGUUGGCUCUAUCCAACGGCAGACCAUAUGUGGCUAACUUAUAUUCCAUUAUCUGAUGAAAUAAAGGGAAAGGUGGAUCAAGAGGGUUGGUCGCGUUAUCACUGUCGAGUUCAAUUUUACUCCUCGUCUGCCGUUCCAAUGAAAAGCUGUGGGGUUCACCUCGUAUGCCAACCACCGAAGGAACCUGCCGAUGAGAGUGGUAUGCUCGACUGCCUUUCGUGGCUUUCAUCAAUUGAAGAUGAUUGUGAAUCACUGGACACAGACGUUGGCCUAGUCAUAAGAGGUUGUGAAUCACUAGACACAGAGGGGACGUCGUCGUCAAGUGUACAUUAUUAUCAAUCACCGGACAUAGAGGGUGCGUCGCCGGCAAUUGAAGAUGAUGAUGAAGAAGAGCCAACUCCGUCUUCACGGCUGUCUCUGUCUUCCGAACCUCCAAAACGACACCGCACAACCUCCGAAGAUGAUGAUGAAGAAUCAUCAACAGUGAAUCCUCCAAAAAGACAACGCGCUGCCGGGCAACCAUCAAUGGUCCAUUUUGCUCAUGAUCCCUGACCUGCAUUGCUUCAACACCAAGAGGAACCAACUGAGUUGUUAAGGCUCUCUGUCUUCAGAGCCAACAAAACCUCGUGGCUCAGUUGAAGUGGGGACUAUAGAUUUUCCACUCAGAAAGGUUACAGACUCUGGCCAAUUUAGCUACAUGCUGAGUGCUGAUCCAACUCAAUUUGAGACGACCGCAAAUAAGCUAGAAGCAAAGAAGUUCUAGCCUAGCUUUGGCCAAGUAUCUUGCUUCAAGGUGAUGCUGCUGGCGGAUGCUGACCUUCUUGAGGAAGAAGGAUUUGGUUUUCAUUGUUUUUAAGGAUGGAAUUAAUAUUCGAUCAUAUGUGGCGGUUGAUGAGGGUUUUCAAUCAUAAGCAAGUGGCAUGAGUCUCUUUAGAGACUGCUGCAGGAUCAGGCUCUCUCCAACAAUUGAUCCCACUGUUGGAGGGGAGCAAUGGUGGCAGUCAGCUAGGCUCUGCAAAUCAAGUGGGAACUAUAAACUUCCACUUGGAAUGGUUGCAGAUUUGGGCAAAAUUGGGUACAUGCUGAUCUGUCUGAAUUUGGGACGAGGGGAAAAAAAAACUAGAAGUAAACGUAUGUGCUAUUUUCCAUGCUCAUCAUCCGUUUCUCUUCCCAGCUGAUGUAGUUUUCUUGUACAAUGUUCAAUAAGGGGGAAAAUAUGUCCUCCUACAUAUUUCAGAGAUUCUCUUCUUAGUUUUUCUUGCUUAAUUCGGAAGGUAUGAUCUUUGGUUAAUUGAUGUAAAUUAGCAUACGUAACUUAGCCCCUUGACAUUUUCAUAUAAUUAAUGUUUAUUUGCUCAUCAAAUUUGCAGGUAACAAGCAAACCUUGAUAGCUCCCAUCAGCCAACUACUCCACAGCUUCAACACCAUGCAAAAGCAACUGAGUCCUCUGUCUUCAGAACCAACAAAACUUCGUGGCGCAGUUGAAGGUGAUCAAGACCCGUAGCUGCCUUUGUCUCUGCAACCAACACUAUCAUCCACUUCAGAUGGAAUCAAUGAGGGCAUGGUGCUUUGGAUCUGGUAGGUGCUUGAGAUUGCCUACGUGAUGAUGGGGAAUAAGGGUAUCAAAACUGUUUGUAGUUGUCCUCAUUGUUGAUCCUCAAUUGAUUCCAUUGUUGUAGGAGAACAUUGGUAGUAUCAGCUAGCUAAUAAAUGCAAAUUAAGUGAGGAUUAUAGACAUUCCACUCUGAAAGGCUACAUAUUCUGGCCAAGUGGCCUGGGUACAGGCUGAUCCAGCUAAAUUUGAACCGACUGCAAAUAUGCUUGAAGCAAAGGUAUAUGCUACGUCCCCUUAGUUGUACUCUUGCCUAUACUCUUUUCCUCAUACUUUUAUGCGCAAUUGCCUUUAUGUUAUUGUCUACAAUUUGAUCAAAACAUAUCAUGUUCAAAGAGCAUGAUGUUGCAUUAUCCACAUGGUCCAUGGAUUGAGCACAUGGAAU